GGAGGCAGUCGCUCCGGUCCCCGUCCCUCGGCCACCUCCGGGAGGGCUGGAAGAAAAUAAUUUGCUGAGAUGUCAGCAGGGGAUUCUUCUAGAAAAACCUUGGAAAUGGAGUGCUUCCAUACAAGAUUCAGUGCCUGGACACCUUUUGGCAACAAGUUAUUGAACAGACAGCUCUUUCAGGAAAGAGUUGCUCUUAUAAGUCAUUGGUUUGACCUCUGGACUCACAAGCAACGUCAAGAAUUCUUGUUCACGAUUUUUUUACGAUGCACCAAAUCACAGUUAAGGUUUGUCCAAGACUGGUUUUCAGAAAGGACGCAAGUGGCCAAAGUGGAUUUCUCUACAGUGUUACCGCGCUUCAUUUCUCUCUAUAUCUUUUCCUUUCUGAAUCCGAAAGAUCUGUGUGCAGCUGCACAAGUCAGCUGGCCCUGGAAGUUUUUAACUGAACAGGACUGCUUAUGGAUGCCCAAAUGCAUUAGGUUUGGGUGGUUUCUGCCCUAUACGCCAACGGAUAACGAGUACGGUGCUUGGAAGCGUCAUUAUAUUGCAUCUGUGUCGAGCUUAGAUUGGCUAACACCUAGGGAAGCCUCUGCUGUCUAUGGGACCCUGAACGAGCCCAAAACAGAAGAUGAGGAGCUGCUGGAGAGACAAAGAGAAAAGUGCUUAAGAAAAAUAAUUUGGGAGAAAAUUGCACUACAUAAGAAGGAGUUAUUCAAAGUUCGACCCCCUUGGGUGAGCGGAACACGCUGCUCUAGAUUGUUAAAAUCCAAAUGCCAGCCACGGCUCUCCCAGGCUCUGAGGGAUCGAGUGGGAUUACAUGAAGCUUUGGAGAAACAGCUAAUUUUGGCAUCCUUACAAGCUUUGCCCAAGCGAAGCAAUGUUUCUGGAAGCCAUUCCUACCCUUCAUUAUUGAAGAAGACUUGGCGUGGAGUUCAGAAAAAUGAUGACAGCUCUUCAUAUGUGUCCCAGCCCCACUUCUUACUAAUAUCAUCUCGGAUUCCUGCAUUUGAGAUGGUGGUGGAGAGCAUUAAGGCAGGUAUCAUUUUUGUGGUGUACGAACACAGCGGCUUAACCUUGGAGAGUCUGCUUUAUCUCAUAGAAAAAGCUCUGGAUGGGCAGAAGGUACAGAGUAUGGGGAUAUUUAGUGAUGGAGACAGCAGAGAAAUCAAUUUCCUCCAAGGUUAUAAAAUUGGUAUUGGAAACUUAUUGAGACCUGAAGUGAGAGACUUCUGGGAGAAACUAGGAAGCUAUGUGGCCCCUGAAGAAGAAGGGGGUCAUGUGGACCUCUUUGUACCUCUUGGAGCAUCAGAGGCAGGACUGGAAGUUCUUUCCCAGCUGUCUCAACUAACUGGCACGUUCUUUACUGCCCCUACUGGAAUUGCAACCGGCUCUUACCAGCACAGGCACAGCACCCACUGGGCGCUCAGACAGCUCAAGGCCUGCCCCCAAAUAAUCAACUUUGCAUUGAAUCUUCAGGAAAGAAAUGUUCUAGAAGACAAACUACAGGACACAAAAUCAAGUCUCAGCAAAAAUGAUCCAAAUUUGGAGACGCUGAUUAAACUGGAGAGAAAGCUCCAGAUGGACUCAGCUGAGAAGCGAUCGAGAGUUGCUGGGGAACUUUUACAGAGCGAGAGAAAAUACGUGCAGAUGUUGGAAAUUGUGAGAAAUGUCUAUGUAUCGCCUCUGAAAGCAGCCUUGUCAUCAAACAGAGCGAUUCUCAGUGCUGCAAACAUCCACAUCAUUUUCUCAGAUAUUUUGCAGAUUUUAAGUCUCAAUAGGCAGUUUCUAGACAAUCUGAGAGACAGACUGCAGGAAUGGGGCCCAGCCCACUGCGUGGGAGAAAUAUUCCUCAAGUUUGGAAGCCAGCUGAACACAUAUACCAAUUUCUUCAACAAUUACCCGGUUGUUCUGAGAACUAUAGAGAAGUCCAGAGAAAUGACACCAGCAUUCCGAGCUUUCCUGAAGAGACGUGAUAAGACCAUUGUUACCAAAAUGCUGAGCCUCCCGGAGCUGCUUUUGUACCCAUCGUGAAGAUUUGAAGAAUAUAUGAAUCUUCUCUAUGCUCUGAGGCUUCACACUCCCGCAGGACACGCUGACCGUGGGAGUCUGACCACUGCAAUUGACCAACUCAAAAAAUACAAAAGUUACAUAGAUGAGAUGAAGCAAAACAUCGGUAUGAAAGAUCAGCUGUCAGAAAUACAGAGAAUCGUCUGGGGAUGCCCGACUCUAUCAGAAGAAAGCAGAUAUCUGAUUAGGGUCCAAGAUGUAGCCCAAUUUCACUGCUAUGAUGAGGCAGUAAGUUUCUCUUUAAGGUCCUAUGAACACACCCGUGACCUCAGUCUUUUCCUCUUCAAUGAUGCACUGCUUGUUUCUAGUCGGGGCACAGCUCAUACUCCGUUUGAGAGGACUUCAAAAUCAACCUACCAGUUCAUUGCAUCAGUGGCCCUUCAUAGGUUACUUGUAGAGGACAUUCCAGAUUCUAAAUAUAUCAAGAAUGCAUUUAUUCUUCAUGGUCCAAAACGUGAAUGGAUUUGUGCUACAGAGGUUGAGGAUGAUAAAUUCCUAUGGUUGUCAGUACUUCAAAGCGCAAUCAAAAGUAGUAUGGAGAAGUAAGAAAAUAUUAUGGGUGCUAAUUCUCCCUGGCAAAGACCGAGAGAUCCCUGUUCCAGAAGAUGCAGUAGGAAGCAGAAUGAUUUCUCACGGAUGGGGAGAGUGAAGUAGGAUGACCCAUAAAGUCCCUCCUAACUUUUAACUUUAUCAUCUAUGUUCAACUAUGCAAAGAAAUGUACAGAACAACAACUUGAGUCCAAAAUUUUGAAGCACUUCUUUUGGUGGUUAUUUUUCAUAGGCAGUAAAAUUUGACACAACAAAGAUAAUUGCAUAUUUGAAGUUUUGUUUUAUGAGCUAAUGAAAAAGUCAGAAUAAAAAAGUGUUUCUUAAAUGACCAGUCUAGAGAAAUAUUUUGUUGACUUACCAAUCAUAUCAUUAUACAUUUUCAUGAUAUAAUUAUUGAUUUUAAAAUGUGUAUAAAAAUAUAAAUGGCAGUUUGGCAAAAAACCUGUCACAUGUCUUUAAUAUGAAUAUAUUCCUCCAGAGAGCAUUAAAAAUAAAUUCC